AAAAAUUGAAAAAAACAACAACAAUUCUUCUGAACAUGGAUCAAAAGAAUUUAAAUCAUCAUAAUGAUAAUGAUGAUGAUGAUGAUGGUUAUGAUUUAUCAUGUAAUAAUGAUUCAUUUGUUACAUUCAAUACAACAAAUUUAGAUGAAUUAAAUCGUAUUAUUGAAGAAUCAUCAUCAUUAGAUUUACCAAAAUCAUUGAUUAUAACCAAUAUGGAUAGCCGUAUAUUCCAGCAAUCAACUGAACAACGAGAUGAAUUUGAACGAGCAUUUCGUUCAUUAGAUUCGGAUGUAAAAUUUUUAUAUUUUAAAAGUUUUCGACGAGCACGAUUAGAUUUUUCUGAUCAAAAAGCAGCAACAAAAGCACGUAUUAUAAUGAAUCAAAUUAAAUUUGGUGAUGAACAAAUUAAUUGUUAUUUUGCUGAAAUAAUGAAUAAAAAAAAUUCAUCAAAUGAUAAUGAUCAUAAUUAUUUAAAACCACCAGCAUUAGAAAAACAAUUUCUAAUAUCACCACCAUCAUCACCACCUGAAGGUUGGGAACCUUGUGAAGAAGCACAACCAAUAUUAAAUAUUGAUCUACAAUCAGCAUUAGCAAAUUUAAUACCUGGACAAGCACAUGAAUUACAUCCACCAACUUGUAAUCAACCAGGUAUUGUUGUACAUGUUUGUGGUUCAACCGCAACAACAACAACAAAACAAGAUUCAUUAUCAAUCGAUCCAGAUAAUGAUAAUGACGAUAAUGAUAAUGAUGAUGAUGAUAAUGCUGAUGAUGGUUUUUUCAAUGAUGAUUCAAAUAUUCCAAUGAUGAAAAUGAAAAUUGUACAAACAUCAUGUCCACCACGUUAUCGAUCGGAUCAACAGAAUUGAAAUCAUUGAAUAUUUUCAACAACAAAAAAACAACCAAAAAAUAAAAUCAACCUAUCCUAUUCUAUUAGUAAACUAAACACACAUUUAUCACUUAUAAUUUUAUUUUAUUUUGUUGUUUUCUUAGAUUUUUUUGCUUUUUGUUUUGUUUUUGUUUUUUGCUUCUAAUUUUAUUUGAUUGAUUUUGUUAACAACAGCAUUAUCGAUGAUAAAUCGAUAAUAUAAAUCUUCAUAAUAUACAAAGACACAAG